AUGUCCAUGUGGCUGUCGGAUAACCAGAAGAUUGGGGUGGUUUUCUGCUCUGGCGGUAGGCUUGCGAUGGGAAAUAUCCUCUUCCUCAUCGGCUUGACGAUUAUCAUUGGUCCUCAGAAGACAUUCUUCUUCUUCGCUAGGAAACAGAAAGCAAAAGGCACAGCUGCAUUCUUUGCAGGCCUCACGCUGAUAUUGAUAAAAUGGACAUUUAUCGGCUUCAUAGUAGAAGCGUACGGAAUCGCCGUACUGUUUGGCGAUUUCCUGGGCACGAUUGCAGGGUUCGCCCGAGGCUUGCCUGUGAUCGGGCCCUAUAUCGGAAUGCUCGCAGAUCGGAUAGGCCUGGGACGCCGCAACGCCGAGCUGCCCGUCUAA